AUGGGUGCCAAGCAAUGCCAGAACAUCCAGAUGCUCAUGCCGACGCGACGCAGCGCGCAAGUGCGGUUCAUUUUAACCAUCCCUCACCCUCUGCCACCGAUGGUUAUCAUGAACGUUCAGUCUACUCGUGUCUCGGACGAGUUCUUGGUCGCCGUCUUCCUCCGACUUGACCUACUGUCACUGACGAGAUGCAAGCAGGUCUGCAAACACUUCCAGCGCGUAAUAGAAGAAAACGACGCAGUCCGGUACGACUUCGAGCUUCAGGCAGCCUGCCUCAGAGAUGCCCCUUCUGGCGGCAACGUAACAGUCGGUACAGCUUCCCGUCUCGCUAUGCUGCAGGCGCACCGCCGAGCGUGGGACGCGCUCUCUUGGUCGACCCCUGCACCCGAGCAUCUCUUCACCUCCCCAGAUACCGAGAAGUGGCUGCUGGUCGGCGACGUCCUCUGCAUCGCGGGCCCAAAGCUCAUCCAGUGCAUUCGGUUGCCGUCAUCCAUCCGAAACAUCGAGCUACAAGAAUGGAAAGUGGAACAUACGCUCGAAAAGUACGAGUUUACCGUGGACCCGGCGCAGGACUUACUUGUGUUGGUGGAGGACGACCUCGAGAGUAUUCACUUGCUGACCCUUUCGAUGGGUGUACCUCACCCCGACACCGCUGCGCACAACGCUGCCGUAUUCUACGGCCACUAUGAGGAGACGGACGAUGCACUCGACCGAGGUGUGCGCGUGAAGCUCUCGGGGAAACAUUUAGGUCUAUUUCUACCGGCGUACGUUGCCGAUUGUGACUGGGAUGAGGAGCUUGUCAUAUGGGACUGGAAGUCAGGCAAGGCACAAGUUGUGUUCAAUGGUAGCUUCGCGCGAUGUUUCGCGUUCCUCCCUGACGAUCUGAUCCUCCUCGGGCACAUGGGCACUGGCGACCUCCAGCUCUGCGUAUACGACCUUGGCGCGCCCGUCGCUACAAAUGCCACGGAGCCCAAGGUUAUCGGGCUGAGUGACGAUGUGUCCUUCGUGUGCACCUUCGAAUACGGCGGGAUCAAUGGCGACAUUGAGAGCAUGGAAAUACGCUCACAGACGACUGCACCCAGUACGGGCACGAGGAUGGGCACGGGUAUGGUACACGCAUCGCCCUUUGUUCCGGCCCCAGCGGAAGGUCUCUUCUCCAUCCUUAUUUCCAUGGAUGGAGACUGUAUGCCCGGUGUCACGUUGCUCUCGCUUUCCGCCAUCACCCGCGGCAUCGCCUCCGCCCGCGCCUGCGCCGCGCCCGGCGCGACGGUGAGCUACAAGUGGGAGGAAUGGGGGAAAGACGUGUGCCAUAGCCUCUACCUCGGCGGGUGGGGCAACAGUUGGAGCCAGGUAUCCAUGCGCGGGUUUCGGUGUGCAUCCAUGCUGAAGGUGGAGAGGGACCCGUACAAGUCCACCGGAGAGUACGAGCAGCAGCUGGUCCUCAGAGACUUUCAUAGGUGUACCGCGCGUCGUUACUGGUCCUGGGCCCAGCAAAGUCUACCUGAGCAAGGACAUGGUGGAGCAUGGAAAUCCAGAAAGGCGCACGAUACCCAGCUGGAUCUCGGAGCGAGAGAGGUUGAGAUAAAGUUGCCUAAGGGUCCUGGAGGGAAGGCUUGGGACGAGGUGUUACUCGGCGAAGACGCGGUUGUGUUCAAACAGGUAUUUCUUUAUCAGUUUAUCCUGAAUAAGCGUGACGGAGGGAGGUGUAACUUUGCCAUUAUGGCGCUUGAGGACAAACUGUGA